CCGGAUGUGAUAGCGAGCCGUUGUUUGUUGCUGUAGACUCAGAUUAUCCAUCAUAUUACAUUUUAGUCAUUUAAAAUACACUCUUAUCUAGAGCUAUUUACAGUAGCGAGUGGAUACAUUGUACAUUUCUCUGGUCCCACAUGGGAAUAAAACCCACAACCCUGGCGUGGCAAGCGCCAUGCUCUACCAACUGAAACACGGGACCAUAUCGACCAGUUAAUCGACUGGCUGCUCCAACAAUGAAAAUAAAUGUCUUCAGAAAUGGAAGGCAGUCUGGAGAAGGCAAGAUCAGGUGGGACCCCUCGAGCCAAUGAGAGGACAGAUACGAGUGUGAUAACAGGCACACAUCAUAUAUGAAGUGUUUUUUUCUCAAACUUGGCAGGAUAUCAUGUGUCCUACUUAUAUCAGUACACUCAUAACAACGUAAGCAUUACCAAACGUAUAUUCGAUCAAAUAAGCCUCAAGUAGAAAACAAGACAUUACUUUUUUUGUUAACUAAAUUCGACAUUCAUUGAUCUCCAUACAACAACUCCUCCCUUGAUCAGCGGGGAAAACGCCACCUGCUGGAGAAGACAGAUUUUGGUCCCAGUUAUCCGUCUCGCUUCGCUUCUUCCUCUCUGCCGCUGAACGUCACAAACCGUGAAAGAUGCCUUUGCCCGUGCAAGUAUUCAACUUUCAGUUACCUGUAUGUUCGCUCUUCUUCAGGGGGUUGUUGAGCCCAUGCAGAUAGAUGCUGACCCACAGGAGGACCAGCAGAAUGCACCAGAUGUCAACUAUGUGGUGGAAAACCCCACGCUGGACCUGGAGCAAUAUGCAUCCAGCUACUGUGGUCUGAUGCGUAUUGAGAGGCUGCAGUUCAUUGCAGAGCACUGUCCCCAGCUCCGCGCCGAGGCCCUGAAGAUGGCCCUGUCUUUUGUCCACAGGACCUUCAAUGUAGACGUGUACGAGGAGAUCCACCGCAAGCUCACAGAGGCCACCAGAGAGGUCCAGGGGGCUCCAGAUGCUGCGGUGGAGGGCGGGGCAGUCGAACCCCCUCCUCUGGACACAGCAUGGGCCGAGUCGACCAGGAAAAAGGCCCUGCUCAAACUGGAGAAAUUGGACACUGACCUAAAGAACUACAAAGGCAACUCCAUCAAAGAGAGCAUCAGGAGGGGUCAUGAUGACCUUGGGGACCACUACUUGGACUGCGGUGACCUCAGCAACGCCCUUAAGUGCUACUCCAGAGCCCGAGACUACUGCACUAGUGCCAAGCAUGUCAUAAACAUGUGUCUUAAUGUCAUCAAGGUUAGCGUCUACCUCCAGAACUGGUCCCACGUCCUUAGUUAUGUGAGCAAAGCUGAAUCUACUCCAGAGAUAGCAGAGCAAAGAGGGGAGAGAGAUUGCCAGAGUCAGUCAGUCCUCACCAAAUUAAAAUGUGCUGCAGGCCUAGCUGAACUGGCCUCCAGAAAGUACAAACAAGCAGCCAAGUGCUUCCUGCUGGCCUCUUUCGACCACUGUGACUUCGCUGAGCUCCUGUCCCCCAGCAAUGUAGCUGUGUAUGGAGGGAUGUGUGCCCUCGCCACCUUCGACAGACAGGAGCUACAGAAGAACGUAAUCUCAAGCAGCUCCUUUAAAUUAUUCUUAGAGUUGGAGCCUCAGGUCCGUGACAUCAUCUUUAAGUUCUAUGAGUCAAAGUACGCUUCCUGUCUCAAAAUGCUGGAUGAGAUCAAGGAUAACCUGUUGUUAGACAUGUACCUGGCCCCCCACGUACUGACCCUCUACACACUGAUCAGGAACAGAGCCCUUAUACAGUACUUCAGCCCAUACGUGUCUGCAGACAUGACUAAGAUGGCCCAGGCCUUCAACACCACAGUGCUAGCUCUGGAAGACGAACUCACCCAGCUCAUACUGGAGGGCCUUAUCAAUGCACGCAUAGACUCCCACAGCAAGAUCCUGUAUGCGCGGGACGUGGACCAGCGGAGCCACACAUUUGAGAAGUCUAUCCACAUGGGCAAGGAGUUCCAGAGGCGAGCCAAAGCCAUGAUCUUGCGAGCUGCUGUGCUGCGUAACCAGAUACACGUCAAGUCUCCUCCCAGGGAGGGCAGCCAAGGUGAACUCAACUCUGCCAACAGCCAAUCGCGAAUGAGCACCAACAUGUGAACAUUCCCAUGAGACCUCUGUCUUACAGGAAGUUACCAUGUCAGGGGGGGAUCUGCCAGGGGGACCUAUCACCCCCAAAUCUGAGGAUCCCCCUCCUCCUGCUGACUCAGUGCUGCAUCUUUUGCCUGCAGAAAGAAAAAUACUGAGACGUGAACUUCAAUAGGCUGUGUCUUAAAUGGUACCCCUAUUUACUAUAUAGUGCACCACUUUUGACCAGGGCCUAUAGAGCUCUGGUCAACUAGUGCACGAUAUAGAGAAUAAGGGAGCCAUUUUGGAUGCACACAGGACUCUGGUCUUGUGGGAAAUGAACAGUGGUAGUCUGUGGAGAUACUUGAUGAGCAACCUGAGUGUGUUAAUGUUGUAUUGGAGAGGCUGUGUGUGUGAGUGUUUAGAGUUGAGUGGCGCUCAGUCGCUUCACAGUACUGUCCUCUUUUUCCUAAGAUGCACUUUUCUCUUUCUUUCUUUCUCAUGAUGAUUGAUGUGAUGCAUCCAUUAAGAAAUUAACAGAACACACACUUCAGAACCAAUGUCCACAAGAUCUGAUUUUAAAAUAAAUGUGUAUGAUAAUCGGAA